AUGAGCGGCAACGGUGACCGCCCGCGCGGGUACGUCGACCCCGACUUCCCCAACCCCGACGGCGAGUGGGACACGCCCAUCAUCAUCUACGGCUACACGCCCGCCAUCGCCCUCUCCGCCUUCGCCGCCGCCUGGUUCUUCCUCUUCCUCGUCGUGCACACCUUCCAGACGGUGCGCCUCCGCAGCUGGUGGUUCGUCACCUUUUCCGUCGGCCUGCUCUUCGAGAUUGUCGGCUACGUCGCGCGCUCCCUCUCCGCGGAGCGCGACCCCUACCACCUCAUCUACUUUGUCCUCAACUACUUCUUCAUCGUCACCGCGCCCGUGUUCCUCGCCGCGGGCAUCUACACGGUGCUCUCGGCGCUGAUCCCCCGCCUCGGCAGCCGCUAUGCGUUUCUGCCGCCCAAGGUCAUCCUCGCCUUCUUCAUCACCUCGGAUGUCAUCUCCACCGUCGUGCAGGUCGCGGGCGCGGCCCUCAUCGGUGUGCGCUCCUCCCGCCGGCAGGACCCCACGACGGCGAACAACAUCCUCCUCGGCGGCCUAGCGUACCAGGUCUUCGCCAUGGGCGUCUUUGUCAUUCUCACGGCUACGUUUCUCGUGCGCGCGCGCCGCGCCAUCAGAGACGCGGGCCUGACCGUCUUUUGCGCCGUAUUCGCGGUCGUGACGCUGCUGGUGUACCUGAGAACGACGUUUCGCCUGGCGGAGACGGCAGAGGGCUUGUAUGGAAAGCUGCAGACCAACGAGGUGUACUUUGCGUGCCUCGAGUUUGCGCCCAUUGCGCUGGCCGUGCUGCUGUUCGCCGUGUGGCAUCCGGGACGGUGCGUCGGGAACAGGGUGCGGGUGACGGACGAGGAGAAGCGUCGCUAUGCCCCGACUGCAUUUUGA